GGUCUAGCUCUGUGUUAGCUCUGGGUUAGUUGACCGGCAGCAGUCUGGGAGCUGGAUGUUUGAACUGCGAUGCGGCAUUGCGGGCUGUGUUAAAAAAAGCAAAGCUGCUGGGCGACUGGUAUUCUUUAUACUAAAGACAAGAUGAAUCGCCCCAAAACAGCUGCUGUACGACGGCCCAGUGCCGCUGCCAAAUCCUCAGGGCAUCCUCCUCCAGGGGAUUUUAUUGCCUUGGGAUCCAAAGGCCAAAACACAGAUUCAAAGGCAUCAUCCAACCUCCUGAAGCCAGCUGCUUCUGGACUGAGUUCUGAACGGAAGCGCGAGGCCACCACUACUUUAGCCAGCACAUCUGCACUGACUGGCCUCACUAAGCGCCCCAAGCUCUCAUCCACUCCCCCACUGAGUGCCUUGGGAAAGCUGGCAGAUGCUGCAGUGGCAGAGAAAAGAGCCAUUUCUCCAUCAAUAAAGGAGCCAUCUGUUGUUCCUAUCGAAGUUCCUCCUGCAUCAUUGUUGGAUGAUAUUGACGCUUCUGAAUCAGAUGGAAAUGAUGAUCGCAUUGAAGGUGUCCUUUGCGGAGCAGUGAAACAGCUUAAAAUGAACCGGGCCAAACCAGAUCCAACGCUCUACUUAAGUUUAAUGUAUCUGGCAAAAAUGAAACCUAACAUAUUUGCAACAGAGGGUGUAAUAGAGGCCUUAUGCAGCCUGCUUCGAAGGGAUGCCACAAUAAACUUCAAAGCUAAAGGAAACAGCCUGGUGUCUGUCUUAGCCUGUAACCUGCUCAUGGCAGCUUAUGAGGAAGAUGAGAACUGGCCAGAGAUUUUUGUGAAGGUGUAUAUUGAAGAUUCCCUAGGGGAGAGGAUUUGGGUUGACAGUCAACACUGUAAGACAUUUGUUGACAAUAUUCAAACUGCAUUUUGCACAAAAAUGCCCCCAAAGAGCAUGGUAUUGCAUAGCGAGACUGGGCGUACUGCUGGAGACCUCAGUGCUGGCAAUAGUCCUCACCCAUCUAUGCCAGAUGAAGAAGACAGCCAGUCUGAACUGUUGAUUGCUGAAGAAAAACUUAGCCCUGAAGAUGAGGGCCAGGUCAUGCCAAGGUAUGAUGAAUUGGCAGAGAGUGUGGAAGAGUAUGCCUUAGAUAUGCUUAGAGACCAGCUCAACCGUCGGCAGCCAAUGGACAAUGUCUCUAGAAAUCUCCUACGUUUACUUACUGCUACAUGUGGGUAUAAGGAGGUGCGAAUGAUGGCAGUACAGCGGUUGGAAAUGUGGCUGCAGAACCCUAAGCUGACUCGCCCAGCCCAAGAACUGCUGAUGUCUGUCUGCAUGAAUUGCAACACCCACGGUCCUGAGGACAUGGAAGUGAUAUCUAAUCUAAUUAAAAUUCGGCUUAAACCAAAGGUUCUUCUCAAUCAUUACAUGCUAUCUGUGCGAGAGCUAUUGAACGCUCACAGAGAUAACCUGGGCACUUUGGUGAAGUUUGUGAUAUUUAACGAGUUGUCUAAUGCCAGGAAUCCAAAUAACAUGCAAGUCCUGUAUACAGUGUUACAGCACAGUUCUGAGCUGGCACCAAAGUUCCUAGCUAUGGUUUUCCAAGACCUCCUUACGAAUAAAGAUGACUAUCUCCGAGCGUCUCGGGCCCUGCUCCGCGAAAUCAUCAAACAAACAAAGCAUGAGAUAAACUUUCAGGCAUUUUGCCUAGGGCUAAUGCAGGAGAGGAAGGAAGCUCAGUACACAGAUAUGGAAUUUAAGGAGCGUUUUGUAAUCCACAUCACAGAUCUGCUGGCUGUAUCCAUGAUGCUGGGGAUAACAGCACAAGUGAAGGAGGCAGGCGUUGCAUGGGACAAAGGAGAAAAGAAGAAUUUAGAGGUCCUGCGAUCCUUUCAGAACCAAAUUGCUGCAAUUCAGCGUGAUGCAGUAUGGUGGCUCCACACUGUAGUUCCUACAAUCUGCAAACUAUCUCCUAAAGAUUAUGUGCAUUGUCUCCACAAGGUGCUUUUUACAGAGCAACCAGAAACCUACUACAAAUGGGACAACUGGCCUCCAGAAAGUGAUCGCAACUUCUUCCUGCGCCUCUGCUCUGAAGUGCCCCUGCUUGAAGACACCCUGAUGAGAAUCCUGGUUAUUGGCUUAUCCCGUGAUCUUCCUCUAGGCCCAGCUGAUGCCAUGGAGCUUGCGGAUCACUUGGUGAAGCGGGCAGCAGCAGUGCAGGCUGAUGACUUGGAAGUCCUUCGAAUAGAAAGAAUUCAGCUUCUGGACGCUGUGUUAAACCUGUGUACCUACCACCACCCGGAGAACAUUCAGCUGCCCCCUGGGUACCAGCCUCCUAACUUGGCCAUUUCAACUCUUUAUUGGAAGGCUUGGCCACUCUUGCUUGUUGUUGCUGCCUUUAAUCCUGAAAAUCUUGGUUUAGCUGCAUGGGAAGAAUAUCCUACCUUAAAGAUGCUUAUGGAAAUGGUGAUGACCAACAAUUAUUCUUUUCCACCCUGCACUGUGACAGAAGAAGAAACAAGAACUGAAAUAAUCAACAGGGAACUUCAAAUCUCUCAAAGAGAGAAGCAAGAGAUAUUGGCAUUUGAGAGUCAUCUUGCAGCCGCAUCAACUAAGCAGACAAUAACAGAGAGCAAUAGUUUGCUGCUUUCUCAGCUAACUAGCCUUGACCCUCAGGGUCCACCUCGUCGCCCUCCACCUCAUGCUAUAGAACAAGUGAAGUCUUUAAAUCAGUCUUUGCGACUUGGGCAUCUCCUUUGUCGCAGCCGCAAUCCAGAUUUCCUUCUGAACAUCAUUCAAAGACAGGCAUCUUCUCAGUCCAUGCCCUGGCUUGCUGAUUUGGUACAGUCCAGUGAGGGGUCUCUGGAUGUGCUCCCUGUGCAAUGCUUGUGUGAGUUCCUUUUGCAUGAUGCUGCUGAUGAAUCUGGGACAGGGGAGGAUGAAGAGGAAAACGAAAGCAAGGAACAACGGGCCAAAAAACAGCAGAGGCAGCAGAAACAAAGGCAGCUUCUUGGUCGAUUGCAGGAUUUGCUUUUGGGCCCAAAAGCAGAUGAGCAAACUACCUGCGAAGUUUUAGAUUACUUCCUCCGCCGCCUUAGCUCACCCCAAGUAGCAUCACGUGUGCUAGCCAUGAAGGGCCUUUCCAUGGUUCUUUCAGAAAAAGGGCUACGAGAUACAGAUGAUAAGGAUCAGUCUAUGGAUGAAGACUCUGGGGAUUCUGAACUGAUGCAGGGUUACCAAUGGCUGUUAAGGGAUUUACCCAAUCUCCCUUUGUUUGAAAGUGUUAAAGGAACUACAGCUGUAGCUCUGCAACAGGCCAUUCACAUGGAGACUGACCUACAGACAAUAAGUGCCUAUUUGGUAUACCUUUCCGAACAUGCACCUAUUGAAGAUCAAGCACAACAUAAUGACCUUGCUUUGGAUGUGGCUCGCCUGAUUGUGGAACGAUCAACCAUUAUGUCUCACCUUUUUUCAAAGCUUUCUUACUGUUCUGAAUCCAGUGCUGUACUCGCUGCUCUGCUUUCCAUCUUCUCUUGCUUUGUGCGGCGUAUGCGCAAAAGCAAGGAAGGGGAUGAAGUUUACAGCUGGUCAGAGUCCCAGGAUCAGGUAUUCUUGCGCUGGUCCAGUGGAGAAACUGCAACUAUGCACAUUCUAGUUGUCCACGCCAUGGUCAUUUUGCUCACUUUAGGACCUCCUCGAGGUGAAAGCGAUUUCUUUGCUUUAUUGGAUAUCUGGUUUCCAGAGAAGAAGCCCCUUCCUACAGCUUUCUUGGUGGACACUUCAGAAGAAGCCUUGCUACUUCCUGACUGGCUAAAGCUUCGGAUGAUCCGCUCUGAAGUUCCUCGUCUGGUUGAUGCAGCAUUACAUGAUUUGGAGCCCCAGCAACUGUUGCUGUUUGUACAGUCAUUUGGAAUUCCAGUAUCCAGCAUGAGUAAACUUCUUCAGUAUCUUGACCAGGCUGUGUCCCAAGAACCUCAAGCCUUAGAGCAAAACAUCAUGGACAAAAAUUACAUGGCUCACCUUGUUGAAGUUCAGCAUGAAAGAGGAGCUACAGGGGGCCAGACCUUCCAUUCUCUGCUGACAGCAUCUAUUCCCCCCAGGCGUGACAGCACUGAGUUGAUUAAGAGAAAAGCCAGCACUGAAACUCCCCAGGGGCAAGUACGGGCUAGAGCUGUGACCCAGAUACCUGUCUUGGGCCCAGAAGAUGAUUUGGCUGGGAUGUUUCUACAGCUUUUCCCCUUAAAUCCGGAUCCAAGAUGGCAGAACUUCAAUCCACGUCCUAUUUCCCUCGCCUUACAGCAAGCCUUGGGGCAAGAGUUGGCCCGAAUCCGACAGGGAAACACCCAGUUAACAGGGAUUGCAGUGCGUCUGCUCCAGGCAGUGGGUGCGCUGUUAAACUCUCCCCACAGUGGAGCCCUGGUCCUAGCUAUGCACAGAAAUCAUUUCAUCGCUUGUCCAUUAAUGAGACUACUCUAUCAAUACCAGCGCUCUGUCCCUCAGGAUACAGCUUUCUCUUCUCUCUUCUUCAAAGUCCUCAUGCAGAUGUUACAAUGGCUGGACAGCCCUGGGGUUGAAGAGGGUCCUCUUCGUGCACAACUUAAAUCAUUUGCAGCUUUGUAUUCCUCAAAACAUCGCAUCAGUGAUGUGCGUAGUGGGUUUUUGCACUUGGCAGAAGCACUGGCCUUCUGUCGGGAACCGGAUGUCAUCAACUCUACUAUACGCACCAUUAUAACUACACUGAAAUCUGGGGACAAGUGCAACGUGGAGCCUGAAUUGAUAAGCAAAGUGCUCCAAGGCCUGAUAGAAGCAAAAUCCCCAUAUUUGGAGGAGUUUUUGACGGUCCUGCUUUCAGUAACCAUAGAGACAACCUCCCGCUUUACUGCCACUGGUCCUGUUGCUUUGGUGAGCUCUCUGCUGCUACAGGAAAGACAAGAGUCAUCCAUUAAAAAAGGCAAUGAGAGCUGCAGUUCUGAAACUGCUCGUUCAUAUCCUUCAUCCGGGCUUCUUAUUGAUUGGCUGGAACUGUUGGAUCCCGAGGUUAUAAGCAGCUUCCCAGACCUGCAGCAAAGACUGUUAUUUUCAUGGAACAAGGGUUCCUCUGCAUUGCAGCCUCCUUCCUUCCGACCAUAUCUCCUGGCCCUUCUUACUCAUCAGUCAAACUGGACUACAUUGCACCAGUGCAUUGCCAUCCUGUUAAGCAAACAGAGAGAACAAAGGUUUGACCCUUCCGCUUCUCUGGAUUUCCUCUGGGCAUGUAUUCAUAUUCCACGUAUAUGGCAGGGGCGGGACCAACGCACUCCACAGAAGCGUCGCGACGAGUAUGUUUUGCGGCUGAAACAAUCAGAGCUCCUUUGCCUUGUGGACUUGAUCAUUUCUGAGGCAGAAACGAGAGGCCAGGGAUCUGAAGAGAUUGCUUGUCCGCUGAUCCAGUCACGUUUACCAUUACUAAUCAACUCUUGUCAAGGGGACCAAGAAAAUAUCAAAAAGGUUAUGGAACAUUUGAUCAGCUGCAUAAAGCAGUGGGGAAACAGUUCUUUGGGGAAACAUUGCCGAGACUUCCUCCUGCAGCUUUAUCUGCAGCUGCCAGAGCUUAUCCUUCCUGUCCCUGACAUCUUGCUGACCAGCGAGGGGGCCACAGACAGCAGCACCUGCAAGAUGGAUGCCCUUAUACACCGUUUCAUAACACUCCUUGCUGAUACCAGUGACUGCAAGGAAAGUCGCAUGUCAGACGCUAAUAUGGCUUGCCGCAAACUCGCCGUGGCCCAUCCUCUCCUGCUUCUUAGGCAUUUGCCUAUGAUAGCUGCCUUGCUUCAUGGAAGGGCACACUUAAAUUUCCAUGAGUUCCGGCAGCAGAACCAUCUGACUUUCUUCACUCAUGUACUCGGCAUUCUAGAAUUGCUGCAGCCUCAAGUGUUCCAUAGUGAGCGUCAGGAAGCUCUGUGGGAUUGCCUUGUCUCUUUCAUUAAAGUGCUCCAGAAUUAUAGGAAGUACUCAAGGCAGUUAGCAGCAUUCAUCAGUAAGUUUGUCCAGUUUAUCCACAAGUAUAUCACAUGUGAUGCUCAAGCAGCGGUGUCCUUCCUGCAGAAGAACUCUGAUCCUCUACACGGUUUGUCUUCAGAGAACAGUGAUCUCUCAAUGCUGAAGUCCCUUCUGGCAGGUCUGAGCCUUCCCAGCAGAGGUGGAGCUCAAGAGAAGACAUCUGAAGAAGAGAAGGAUGAGGAGUCUACCACAGGUUCCCUACCUUUUGUUAGUGUCUCAAUGUUCACUCCCCUAACUGCUGCUGAAAUGGCCCCUUACCUCAAAAGAAUCUCCAGGAGCAAGUCUGUAGAAGAUAUCCUGCAGGCUCUUAGUGACAUAGAUGAAAUGUCCAAACGCAGACCUGAAAUCCUUUCUUUCUUUGCUAGCGAUUUUCAGAGGUUGAUGAGUUCCACAGAGGAAUCCUGUCGCAAUUUGGCUUUCAGCUUAGCUCUGCGCACCGUUCAGUGCAAUCCCAGUAUCGCAGCCGACUUUCUCCCAACGUUCAUGUACUGCCUGGGCAGCAGAGACUUUGAAGUAGUGCAGACAGCGCUGAGGAACCUACCCGAGUACACCCUUCUCUGCCAGGAACAUGCUGCGGUUCUACUUCACAGGGCAUUCCUCGUUGGUAUGUAUGGACAAAUGGACACAAGUCCUCAGAUAUCAGAAGCCUUAAAGGUCCUUCACAUGGAGGCAAUGGUUUAAAAAAAAAAAGUGCAUCUUACUGGAGCGACUCAGAUAACAAACUUUUGGAAGAAGAAAACUUUUGCUUUGGAGAUUCAAAGAUGCUGUAAUGAACACUCAAAGUUCAAUUACUUUUGUAUUAAAACUAUUCCUUUUUUUUUCUUG